GGCUACGGCUUUGUUGACUUUGACAGCCCCACAGCGGCCCAGAAGGCGGUGACAGCGCUGAAGGCCAGUGGGGUGCAGGCCCAGAUGGCCAAGCAACAGGAGCAGGAUCCCACCAACCUCUACAUCUCCAACCUGCCGCUGGGGGUGGACGAGCAGGAGCUGGAGGCUCUGCUGAAGCCCUUCGGGCAGGUGGUCUCCACCCGCAUCCUGCGGGACCCCCACGGGGCCAGCCGGGGCGUGGGCUUCGCACGGAUGGAGUCCACAGAGAAGUGCGAGGCUGUCAUCACCCACUUCAACGGGAAGUACAUCAAGAUGCCCCCAGGGGUGCCAGCCCCCCCGGACCCCCUCCUCUGCAAGUUUGCGGACGGGGGGCAAAAGAAGCGGCAGAGCCAGGGCAAAUUUGUGCCCAACGGGAGAACCUGGGCCCGGGAUGGCGACACGGGCACCGUGACCUUGGCCUAUGACCCCACAACAGCGCUGCAGAAUGGGUUCUACCCCGCACCCUAUGGCCUGGCCCCCAGCCGGAUGAUCGCCCCCCCAGCCCUGGCCCCCUACUUGCCCUCCCCGGUCUCUUCCUACCAGGUCCACGGCCCCGCCUGGAUGCACCAGUCGUACCUCGUGCAGCCCACGGGCGCGGUGCUCGCCCCCGCUGUGGACCACGCCGUCCCCCUCCAGCCCUCCGUGGUGGCCCCCCUGGCCCAGCAGCUCGGACACCUCUCGCUGGCCGGUGCCGGCACGUACGUUCCCGCUGCUGCCGCCGUCCCCGGAGCCUUCAUCCCGCCGUACCCGACGGUGCCGCCCCCCCUCCCGCUGGAGGACGGCAGCGCCGGCCCCAGCCACGGCCCCAUCGAGUCUCCGUCCGAGCCCGGCGCCUUCCCCUACCCCUACCCCAAGUAGCGGGGGGGGGGUCGGCCCGGGGGACCCCACCCCCCGCGGGACCCCGCACCCGCUGGGAGGGGCUGGGCCGGGACCACCCGGUGCUGCCCCCCCUCCCCCCCACCACCUUUUGGAAGAACCCCCGCCCCAGCCAGGGGUCCCUGAAACCAGGGUGGGGGUCCCAGUGCCCGGGGUCCUGCUGCCUCUCGCUGCCCCACGAGCCCCCCCCGCCCCCCCCCCCCCCCCCCCCCCCCCCCCCCCCCCGGAGGCUUUUUCUUCCUCCUGCAUUUUUAAAAAAACUAAAAGACAAAAAAAAAGAAGAAAAGAUGACAGAUGCCACCUGGGGGGGCUGGGGGUCCCUGGCCACCCCCCUCGUGCUUCCAGGGCCCGCGGCCCGCCAGCCCCCCCGCGCCGCGGCACCCCCCCCCCCCGUGCCUUCUGCUGCCUGGUGCCCCCGGUGCGGGGUCGGGGGGGGGGCCAUGGUGGACCCUCCCCCUCCCCCUGCCGCGGGAUCCAGUGCCCGGGCACCAGCCCCCCCCGCAGGGCCGGGGGGUCUGCAUGCUGCCCCCCACCCCCCCCCGCCCCGGCCCGGCCCGGGGGGGCAGGACAAGUGCAAUAACCUCCCCCUGCCCCCCCCACCACUUCCACGGGCACCCUGAGGGUCACCCAGGCACUUUAGAGUCCCCGCGCCUGGGGGGGGGGCUGCGACCCCAGCCCCCGCACUGCCCCCCCCCCCCCUUGCCCUGCAGCGACAAUCAGGGGGUCCCACGGGGCGGGGAGGGGGGGCGGCUCUUGCAACCAAAGAUUGAGGGAGCUGUGGGAUGGGGCUGAGCUGCCCCGCCUCCCCCCAGCUUUGCCACCCCACGCCGUGGGUCUGUCCAUUCGUUUCUCCCCGCGGGGGGGGCACAGCCCCCUCCCCACUUGCUUCCUGCCCCGGGGCCGGCCCUGCCUGUCCCCCCAGCUCUGCCCGGGGCCUCCCGGUUCUUCCAGCCCCCUCCUCCAUGCAGUGGAGUCCCUGGUUCCCCCCCCCCACCGGGGCCGAGGGCCCCCGCUGGGGCAGGGGGGCACCCCCAGUCCCCCCCGGGGGCAGUGGGGACCCCCUGCCACACAUCUACCUCACCCCACAGCUCGGUGUGUGCUCAGCCCAGGCUGGGGGGGCAGGGGGCUGUGGCCCUUUGCCCCCCCCGCAGGGUGACGCCCCCCCCCCCCCGGUUUCAGCCAUCACCCACCUCUCCUGUUGCUGCUACUGCCCGCCCCCUCCCCCCCCCAACCUGGGCACAGCCCCUUUGGUCGGGGGGCACGGGCCCCCCCAAGGAAGGAACCAAAGAGGGAGACCCACUGCCACCCCCCGGGGGCUGGGGGGGAGCUGGGACCCCCGUGCUGAGCCCCCACCCGCUGUAGGGGGCGUGGGGGUCCUACUGGCCCUUGGGGAGGGGGGGGCUCAGCUGCAGAGAAGCCGAGGCCCCCCCCCCCCGCCCCCCUUUAAUUUAUACGUAGUGCAUUUUGUACAGGUUUUUAAGUUGCUUUUUUUUAAAAUCUCGAGAGGUUUCUAGUUUUGUAUUUCUUACUCCUGCUUCCGCGCUCGGCCCCCCCCCCUCCCUCCAGCCCCCUGCCCCGAGCCCCCCCCGCCCCCCCUUCGAGGUUUUUUUUCUUUUGUUUUUAAAUAAAAAGGCAAUAAAAACAAACGCCUCUGUCAUGUG